AAAAAAAAAAACGAAAAUCAUAUAUUUUUGUAAAAAUCGUUCUCGUUUCUCUCAAGCUACUUCAAGAAAAGUAUAUAUAAAUGGAGAGAAAUCACAAGAAGGGCGGCCGCAUUCUGGUCGAGCGACAGCAACGCUUAUCGAUGCAGAAGCGAAAUUGCUUCUACAUUAGAGACACGCAGAUCCAGGUGCGUGAGGUCUUAUUUCGCACAGCGGACAAUUUGGGAGUGGAUCGAGGAUCCCUCAUCAAGGUGCCAAGCAGAGAGACCCAGGCUCGAGAGCGCCAGCACGUCGACCAGCUGAACAGGCGGAUCAAGUAUGAAAUAGACCAGCUUAAGUUCUUACGCCGCAAUAUUAUACAAAAACCCGUCGAGUACAAAGCUUCAGAGUCGUAUAUGCACGAUAAGGAGUUCACCGCGGAAGAGUCGUCGGAUGAGAGCCAAUCCUGUGACACUGGUGACCAGCGAAUAAUACAGACCCUGAGCUGUCGCACCGAGCUCCACACAAACAAGAGGUACAAACGGGCUGAAGGUGGCUGCAAUUACAUACCCCGGCAGAGGAACAAGUGCCGCGACCUGGAGCCGCGGUCUGUAUAUCAGUGUGAUUAUGGAAACAGCUCAAGAUGUAUCGCCUGUUUUGCCGGUGCGCAGCAACAGUUUCAAGACGAUAACAACUACGCAUGCUGCACGCUGCGGCCAAGUGUACCCAUACCUGUAAUGCCCAGUCCGUGCUGUCAGUAUCAGCCGAGCUGGGCGUGUGUCUUAGCGCAUCCGUUCAAUCCGCGAACGACGACCGACCUGAAUACUGAAGACUUCUGUCGCAGUUGGUGUGCCUGCGUCGUGCCCGACCGUGCUCAGAAACUCAAGCAUAGGAGCCACCGAGCUUCGGAGGACCCAUCCCGGUCGAAGAGCCGGAGCUCCUCAAAAGGUAGCAGAGCGGUGGAUGAAAAGAUACGCAGUAAGCUGAAGAAGAGCAGAGCCGCAAUCGACUCGUCCUCGCUGGACCAGUACAAUGUCCAGAGUCACGAGAAGCUUCUGAAGGUCACAAUGCGGAAGGAAUCCAAGUCAAAAUCAUCCACACGCAGGCGGGGAUCGAAGUCCCCGGCAGUAGAGGGAAAACUCAAAACAGAAGGGAAGGAAAUAGACGAGCAAGCGGAUAACACCACCAAGGGCCAAAAGUUCUUCGAAUACAUGGACAAGUUCGAGAACGAAAACGGCAACGCCGAAAGUGAACAGGGAAAAGCAGGCGAGGGAUCCCAGCUGGAAUCGAAUCCCACCUACACUAGAAUCCCACAUAUAAAGCGGGAGCCCGGGGAAUCAAAGUAUGACGAAAUCGUUUUCACCCCUGAUAAAAAUAAGGAGUCGGCCUGUCUUGACUCUUGUCCAGAAGUUACUUGUAAGCCCCCGCAAUCAGCAUAUGAGGAGAGAGGCGUGUGCGACAAGGAAAAAUGCGAUUGCGUUGGCCAGAAAGACAAAACGGAAGCAGAAUACAAAUACCAACACCCCGCACAGGAUGAUGGACGUGAACCGAAAUCGGGAGAAGAGGGAGUCUGUCUUGACUCUUGUCCAGGAGGGACUUUUAAGCCCCCGAAAUCCGCAUAUGACGAAGGGGUUCCAAUUUCCACAGCUGAUAAAAUAGCUGAGAGGGGCGAAGCCGUUUCCCACAAGGAAAAAUGCGCUUGCGUUACCCAGGAAGUCCAAACUGAUGAUGAAUUCGUCAAGAAAGAGACGAGGCUGACUCAAACGGAUCUGAAGUUGCAAGAGGAGCAACUCACCCAAACUGACCCCCAAGGGAGUCAACACGAGGGACCUGCGCAGACCGAAAUGGGCUGCAGUCGCCUCGAUAUGCUCACCAAAAACGAUCUCCAGGGAAGUCAACAAGAGAGCGUUCCAAUUUUCACACCUGAUGAAACAGGUGAGAGGGGCAGAGCAGUGUGCCAGAAGAAUAAAUGCGUUUGCGUUUCCCAGGAAGCCCAAACGGAUGGAGAAUACACCUACGAACGCCCCGCACAGGAUGAUGGGCGUGACCCGAGGGCUGGACAAAAGGGAGUCUGUGCUGACUCUUGUCCAGGAGUGACUGGAAAGCCUUCGCAAUCAGCAUAUGACGAUCAAGUUUCAAUAUCCACCUCUGAUAAAAGAGCUGAGAGGGGCAAAACCGUGUGCAGCAACAAAAAAUGCGCUUGCCUUCUCAAGGAAGUACUAGCUGAUGGAAAAUUCACAGGCCAACGCCCCGCUCAGGAAGAUAGAAGUGAAUCGAGAUCUGGACAAAAGGGAGGAGUUCCAGGAGUGACUGGAAAACCCCCGCAAUCAGCAUAUGACGAUCAAGUUUCAAUUUUCACACCUGAUAAAACAGUUGAGAGGGACAGAGCUGUGUGCCAGAAGAAGAAAUGCGCUUGCGUUGCCCAGGAAUUUCAAACGGAUGGAGAAUACACCAACCAACGCCCCGCACAGGAUGAUGGGCGUGACCCGAGGGCUGAACAAAAGGGAGUCUUUCUUGACUCUUGUCCAAGAGUGACUGGAAAGUCCCCGCAAUCAUCAUAUGACGAUCAAGUUUCAAUAUCAACCUCUGAUAAAAGAGUUGAGAGGAGCAAAGCCGUGUGCCGCAACAAAAAAUGCACUUCCGCUGCUCAGGAAUUUCAACCGGAUGGAGAAUACACAUACCAACGCCCCGCACAGGAUGAUGGACGUGAUCCGAGAGCUGGACAAAAGAGAGUCUGUGUUGACUCUUGUCCACUAGUGACUGGAAAGCCUUCGCAAUCAGCAUAUGACGAUCAAGUUUCAAUAUCAACCUCUGAUAAAAGAGUUGAGAGGAGCAAAGCCGUGUGCCGCAACAAAAAAUGCACUUCCGCUGCUCAGGAAUUUCAACCGGAUGGAGAAUACACAUACCAACGCCCCGCACAGGAUGAUGGACGUGAUCCGAGAGCUGGACAAAAGAGAGUCUGUGUUGACUCUUGUCCACUAGUGACUGGAAAGCCUUCGCAAUCAGCAUAUGACGAUCAAGUUUCAAUAUCAACCUCUGAUAAAAGAGUUGAGAGGAGCAAAGCCGUGUGCCGCAACAAAAAAUGCACUUCCGCUGCGCAGGAAUUUCAACCGGAUGGAGAAUACACAUACCAACGCCCCGCACAGCAUGAUGGACGUGAUCCGAGAGCUGGACAAAAGAGAGUCUGUGUUGACUCUUGUCCACUAGUGACUGGAAAGCCUUCGCAAUCAGCAUAUGACGAUCAAGUUUCAAUAUCAACCUCUGAUAAAAGAGUUGAGAGGAGCAAAGCCGUGUGCCGCAACAAAAAAUGCACUUCCGCUGCGCAGGAAUUUCAACCGGAUGGAGAAUACACAUACCAACGCCCCGCACAGCAUGAUGGACGUGAUCCGAGAGCUGGACAAAAGAGAGUCUGUGUUGACUCUUGUCCACUAGUGACUGGAAAGCCUUCGCAAUCAGCAUAUGACGAUCAAGUUUCAAUAUCAACCUCUGAUAAAAGAGUUGAGAGGAGCAAAGCCGUGUGCCGCAACAAAAAAUGCACUUCCGCUGCUCAAACGGAUGGAGAGUACACAUACCAACGCCCCGCACAGGAUGAUGGACGUGAUCCGAGAGCUGGACAAAAGAGAGUCUGUGUUGAAUCUUGUCCAGAAGGGACUUGUAAGCCCCUGCAAUCAGCAUAUGACGAAAGGGAUCAAAUUUCCACCUCCAAUAAAAGAGUUGAGAAGGACAGGGUGCGUCGCAACCCGAAAUGCGGUUGCCGUGCCCAGGAAGUCCAAAAUGAUGAAGAAUUAUCCAAGAAAGUGACGAUGUUGACUCAAACGGAUCUGAAAGCGCUAGAGGAACAAGUUACGCAAACUGACCUGCAGGGGAGUCGACAAGAGACAGUCCCCCAAACCGAUGUCCAGGGAAGUCAACACGACGGAAUUACCCAAGCCGAUCUCCAGGGGAGACAACACGAGAGGUUCGACCAAAACGACCUCCAGGAAAACCAAUACAAAGGACUCGUCCAAACAGAGCCGGAAAUCAACCAUGAAAUCGGCAGCGGUAAAUCGGCUAUAUCGGGCGCGGCCAUCAGUAAAGCGGAACAAUUUUCGACAUGGUCGCCAAAUGAUGACAAAGAUGUCCAAACUGCAUCGCAGAAAGAGAAGAAGCAAAAUCAGCGUCAAGACUCACCAUCAGCUUCAUCAAGGAAAAUUUAUAGUGCUCAAUCCCCUUCUUCGCAAAAAUAUAUGAAGUAUAUUAGUCGAGGAUCCCUAACAGAGCAAUCUGAACAGGAUGGAGAUGCAGAACACCGUAGCAACAGUCGCCGCUAUCCGGCUAAGCAGUGCCAGUGUAAGCCAGUGUCCUCCGGCCCAAGCCAACAAACGCAGGUCCUCGAGGAACCCAAAGAGCAACAGUACCUAGUUGACGACAAAGACAUUCCAGUUGGUACAGCGUGUCCCUUAAAAAAGUCUUCGCCAUUCUGUGAUCCAUUGCCUCCGGCGGCUAAGUGUGACCUUCAUCCAGUGGGAUGUUACUGUGACACCAACGAACCAAAGAUCGAGAAGCCAAAAACUUCCGGUAGAGCCAAGCAUACAGAGCGAUCUAGGAAUUCGUCGCCCACGAAUACCAAAUCCCAAAAGAAAGGGCCCGACAAUACCAAGCAGUAUCAACAAUACGAGUCCACGUAUCAGUACAGCUACGGGCGCUCUGAGGAUGCAGAAAAUGUAGACAGCAGUGGUACUGGUACCACCAGUAAUAAUAUGGAUAAUAAACCGUCUAAGGUUCUCAACAAGAAGCAUGUUCAGGCACAUGGCUGUGACACUGAUUGCAGUGGGCGUAGUCUCUCCGGAUGCAACAUUUCCAUAGACAGCUACCUUGGGCCACAGGCAACGUCCUCGCGUCUUAUAAAUUAUCAGUACUCAAAUGUCAGCACAUAUAAUCCGCCCAACCAAUCACUAGUUCCAAGACUCCCAGCACUGUGUCAGUUGGCUGGCGCCUUCAACUGUGCCACAGCCGAUAAUGAUGCGUGUAAGCAAGUGGUGCCGAUUUAUGUCUGCGAGAAGCGUACACGCUCUGUCACCUUCGAGGAUGAGUGCGGGAAAGUGCGGGCGAUGCGCAAUAUUGCGGACAAUAUUCGAAGCAGAAUUGACUGGGAGCGGAUCGUAAAGACACGUAUGAGCCCGUCGGAUCGGGAUACCGACAGCACCAGUCAGUCGAACGCUGCCUUCGGAAGAAUGUAUUCCACCGAUGACAACAACGGCGGAUACUCUUGCCGAUCCAGCAACUCUGCCGCCACCGAUAUUACCUGCACAGGGUCAGAAUACCAUACUGUAUACGGGGAAGACAUCAGCAACUACGAGGAUGAUUUCGUAUCGUCGCAAGUAGGAAACUGCCCCUGCUUGCUCAGAACCUACGUCAGCCUGGCCUCCAUCUGCACGAACGACAGCAGAUCCAUUCUGCAGGAGGAGGAGGAGCAGAAGGAGUAACGUUAGCACAAAUUUUAAUUUCGU